CUCACGUUAGCCAUGUAGUUAGUUUCUACAUAACUUGGCAAGUCAGUUAGAACGUGAGGCAGUUAACGUUUGUUACUUUGUUUUCAAAAUGUAGCUAGUUACGCUUUAAUUUCUGAUAACUUCAGAUGCGGAUACAAAAGGCCAGAUUCCUGCACAGGGGGAAUGCAUCCAGGAGAUAUGUAAAGUUAAUGUUAGAUCCACUCCACCUUCACGAACAAUAACUGAAAACACCACAAUGGCAUCUUUGGAGGAGGACAUUGGCGACCAGCGCUUAAACUUCGAACGGGGCGACACAUCAGGCAAAGUCCUGCCUCCUCCAUUUUUACAUCCUGACAACGCGUCAGAAAUGCACAUCCCAGUGGAGACGACUUCUGACUCGCUGUGUUUAAGCAGAAGAAAGCUGAAGCACAUUCCAGAAAGCAUUUUGAAGAUUUCUAAAAUAAAAAAUUUAUAUCUCGAAGGAAAUGAAAUUUCCAUCCUUCCAGAUGCCCUGUUCAGUAGCUUGUCAAAUCUGGUGUGGCUGGACCUUAGGAACAAUCAAAUAACCAUGCUCCCCCCAGAGAUAGGGCAGCACAGGUUUCUGAAAACACUACUCCUGGAAGGGAAUCCUAUUGCAGAGCUCCCAUUAGAAUUGGGCAACCUGAUCUCACUCAAAGCGCUGAGUCUGCGACGGUGCCCCAUCAUGUUCCCUCCGCAGGAGGUCCUGCACAAGGGUGUGCAAUGCAUCCUCCAGUUUUUGAGAAAGGCCAUGGCUGAGAGACCGGUCAGUGGGAGAAACAGUCUGACAGAGGUGCCCCCCAUUGAGAAACUGCAGCUCAGUAGUCUUGCCUGCUCAGAGGAGGUGCACGACUCAGAGGAGUUGCAGAGGUUUGAGGAGCUGAAGCUGAGGAUGAUGCAGACGGAGAGUGUGGACUUUGGGCAUGGUGUACCCACACCCUCCCUCCCACCAAAGUCAGGACCAGUAAAGAGAGAGGGAGGUCUCAGAGGCCACACCCUGCCAGUCAUCCCAAGAAAAGGAAGGUCAGUUAAGUGCAAAUUUCCAGAGCUUCCACCAUGCAAUAUGCGAUAUUGGAAGAGUCUGGAGGAAAGAAAAAUAGCUGCCAUGAAGGAGCUGAAGGAAAAACAAGCAAUAAUUGAACAACGGAGGAAAGAUGAAGAGGUGCUUCAGGAAUGGAGGUCUGAGGCCCGGGUGAGGCAGGAGAGGAGAGUCCAGAAUCACACUCUGAGAAACCGAGAGGAGGUCCUGAGAAGUGCUCCCUAUGCAAUAGACCCCCAAUCCAACAUGAAGGAUAGCACGGACAGUACUACCAAUAGUGCACUGCAACAGGAGCCCAGACAGAUGUCACUGAAGUCUCUAAAAGAAAUGGAGGAUAUGAGAGCGAGUCGGGAAAAGGACCUGGAGCAGAGGAUCAGAACCCAUAUUCAGAUGGUGCAGGAUAGGAACAGUAGGCCCAAGGGGUCUGCGCUGGAGAACAUCAAAGCUACACAGCAGGAGCAGGUGAAGAAGUUACAGUCUGAACAUCCGGAGAGGAAGAACGAAAAUGGACAAGAGUAUCGAUUCACUGCCUUUACUGGAGAUGAUUCUCUGUGAAGUUACAAGAGCUGAGCCCUUUCCACAUGCUGCCAUUCUGUCAAUGGACUACUGCAAUGUAUUGUGUUCAGUCAAGCAAAAGCUGCUCAAGGUGGAGGCUAGCACUCUUGAGCCCCUGGAAUACACAUGUCUGACAACACUGUUUUGUGGAAGCCCAUGGCUGCUUUCCUCUGUUUCUGAUGUCGAUUACAGAUAAUACUAGUCUGGCACACCUUUGUUACCUUUUAAAUUAGUUUGCUUCCAAAAGUAGAUGUGUGAAAAGAAGGGACAGAUUUGCUCAUGAGGUUGAGUUUUUGGUGGAAGAAGAAGGUUUUUUUGCCUUUUUU